AUUUUCAUACAGUAGAGAGAAGGUUCAGGUUCUUUGUAAGAUUAUGCUAGUUUUUCGUAUUUGUGAGUUGAAUGAAUUGAGUAUAUAUGAUUAUUUUUUAAGAUGAUGUAUCUUAAAAUAUAUCUGAGUUGAGAAAUGAAUGAAUUUUUCGCAUGGAAUUUAAAGUAAUAGGUAUUAUAUCGCAGUAAUCUUCAAUAUUAUGGAUUGAUGUUCACGUUUUUUGAUUCUUCAACGUAAAUCCGAGAUUUCCUGUAUGGACGAUGUGCAAGAUUAGGAUAAAAUUGGCAAACUCAAAACUCAUAUUACAACAUGUAGUUUCAGCAUCUUCUACGAAACCUAAAGGAUCAGGGCAGUUGUUGGCUCUAAGUUAGAGGACUGUAAUAGAAAAUAUUUAACAUAGCCAUCAACUAAUCUGUUGAUAUCAUUCAAGAAAUACAAAAAUUAGUGCAGUUCAUGUUGUCACGAUCGUGGAAGUGAUUGUAUGUAAAUAAAAUGCCUAAAAGAUCCUCACAGAGAAAUGGGAAAAAGCAAAAAGAUAAGGUUGAGGAGAAACCAAAAGAUGGCUCGAAAAAGCAGGUUAAAACCGGUGAAACCUCCUCAACAAUCAAAGGAAACCUUAAAAUGACUCUCAGCAGUAUUCCCUUCAGACAGCACAGGGAAAAAAAAUCCGGCCGAGCACCAGUUGGAAAGAGAUUUGCUGUGAAAGAGAUGCCAGGAAAGCUGAGAUCUGCAAUCAGAAGAAGUUUAGACCCUUGUGACAACUCCAAUGACAGUGGUUUAGGUUUUGAUCAUCACACGGAUAACAGACAUCACAUAGGGAUAGUGGACAGGUUAGGAUGGCCUACUUCGACAGUUAAGAAACCAAGAUUAGAUGUCAAAGUUGAACACGAUGAGGACAAUGAUGGAUAUUGCUUCCCCGAGAGCAUCAGGGCCAGUAAAGAGAAUUCUUCAUUGAUUCGCACAGCUCCCACAAAUUCGAUGCCAUCAAUGGGGUUGCCCGGAAAUCAGCAUAAUUCAUCGGGUAGGGCAGGCUCCUCAUGCGUGCCUAUGAGUUUGAGGCACGCUCCCUCACACCCCAUCACGUUGUCUACCCAACUGUCCACCACAUCUCGUUUUUCUGAUGCUACUUUGAGUAUUAUUAAGCAACCAGAACAGCAGCAUAGAGCGCGGUACCAAACAGAGGGUAGUAGAGGUGCUGUCAAAGAUAGAGAAGGCAAUGGUUUUCCUAUCGUACAACUGAAUGGUUACUAUAAACCUACUACGUUACAGGUUUUCAUUGGUACGGACGUGGGCAAAGUGAGCCCUCACAUGUUCUACCAGGCGUGCAAGGUGAGCGGCAAGAAUUCCACGCCCUGCAUAGAGAGAAAGAUCGAAGGCACAUGCGUGAUAGAACUGCAACUGGACCCCACGAAAGACAUGACCGCCACGUGCGACUGCGUCGGUAUUUUGAAAGAGAGAAACGUGGAUGUGGAACACAGAUUUCCCGAUCAGUUGGGAAAUCGAAGUAAGAAAAAAUCCACGCGAUGCAGGAUGAUAUUUCGUACAACGCUGAACCACGAAGACGGCAGACAGGAAACGUUGCAAGUCUGUUCUCAUCCUAUUGUUUGUACCCAGCCUCCAGGUGUUCCUGAGAUAAGCAAAAAGUCCCUCACUUCUUGUCCAGCUACAGGAGGUUUGGAACUGUUUGUUUUGGGUAAAAAUUUCUCCAAAGAUACCAAAGUAUACUUUCAACAGACCAACGACGACCGUACAGUGGUUUGGGAGCAGUCCUGUGUUCCCGAUAAGGAGUUUUUGCAACAAACUCACUUUGUAUGCGUGGUGCCUCCUUAUAGAAGACCAAGCAUCACAGAACCAGUCUCGGUGAGAUUAUUUGUGGUCGCUAGUAGUAAAGCUAGUGAAUCACAUCAAUUUAUAUAUACCCCUGUAAAUGGGGCUGUCCUAAGUGUGUCCUCAGAGGCCACUCCGCAACAAACACCUUUUUUCAAUAAAAUGCUAUGGACAGCAUCUUUGAGCAAGAGAGAACAAGACUUGAGCAUUAUGCCUCCACCUGAAACCAGCAUGGUUCCUUCAGCCUCCCGCAGACCAAGUCUUUCUCAAUCAAAUGAAACACUUUCCCCACCUCUACACACCUUGAAACAGGAAUAUAUCGACGAAAACAGCCAGAAUUCUGUUAUGGAUUCGAAUGAUGUUUGUCAGGAGAGAUACAGACAUAUCUCGGAAAGUUCUCUAGAUGUUCAUCAUGGUGAUUCGAAUAUGUCGAUGAUAAAUGAGAACUCCAUAGAUGUUAUGCACCACAGCAGUGCGACUACUUCGGACCUGCUUCACCAUGAUAACUCCAACAUGAGCCAAAAUGAGAACAGUGAUUUGAUCGUUCGAAGAAAUUCUUUAAGCAGAUCUAUGGGUUCUGUACACGAAAAUUCGUUGGACGUGAACGUGGACAACUCGAACAUGACAAUCGUAAAUGAAGAUAGUUCUUGUAGUAAUGGUAUGCAGUGUCCUGUUCCAAGCAAUCAGUUGUUCAUGGGUUCCAACUCUUUACACCAACAGAACAUAGGCGAACCUUCCCAUCAUUUGAAAGAAGGAAACGAGUCAAAAGUUAUGGACCUUACAGUGAAAUUUCCUAUGGGUACUGUUGCCGAUCUUGUCUGCAACAACUCACCUUCUAUGGCGACUUUACAAAACUUCGGCAUCAACGAUUCGACUUCAGCUCCUUUACCGACGCAGAGUGGACAAAGUGUUGAGAACUAUCUUGAAAAGAUACGCGUCAAAAACUCCGCCUCCAGUGAUUCAUUAUUAAGUGGGUGUUUCAAAAACAAAAUUGUGAAUAGCGGUUUGCUCGGCAACCAGAACAUUUGUUUACCUUUACAAAACUCAACCGAUGUGAUGUCUACUGAUAAUCACUUAGCGAGACUCCCAGAACCUGCAUUUAUGUCAUCUCAACAAUCUUUUGUCAUGGAAAACAGUUCAAACUCUCCUAUGUCCAUGAUAUCUAAAACUGAACAUAUGGAGGAACAUAAGUCACCGUCACUGCUACAAACGACUCUGUCAACAACGUGUCAAUUGGAUGCCUUCUUGAACUCCACCGCUGACCAUCUUAUGAAUAGUUCUUCUUCAAGUAGAUCUGAAUCUGUGAAAGAUACUCAAAUUCCUUUGGUCUCCACAAAGAAUCAACCUAUAUCGAUGAGCCCCCCAUCUUCCUUGAUGGUAUCGUCGGUUAUGAAACCGCAAAUAUCGCCCUCGGACAAUAAUUCAAAUCAUGGUGCGCCCUCUAUAUCCACUGAGGUUAUAUUGAACUCUCAAGUUUCCCCAACUAUGAUGUGCCAUACCUCGCCUAGUACUUUGUCCCAGGAUUCCAUUCUUCCUGCGUCGAAUCUCUGUCUAUCGUCCAUGGAAAGUAAUUUGAUCCCAGGUACCAUGAAUUCGGGGAGGUUGCUGAUGCAAGCUUCUCCCGAACAUGUUUCACCUUCCAAAAUGACUUCUAUACCCACAACACUUCCCACCCAACUGUCGUUAGCUACUCAAGAAAAGGAGGUUAUUUUGAAAGCCGCCGUCGAUUUGUUCCAAACGCAGAAGAAAAUUUCCAACAUGGAGUGUCUGAGUAACGAAAAUAAGGAACCAAUGAUGGGUGGUUUAUAUAUGAACAACUUCCUUUCGAUUCCAAAUGGAAGUCCGAAUAGAUCUAACGUUCCUACAUCAACUAACAUAUCUGCUCAACUUCAAGCAACAUCGAGCGGUAAUUUCAGUAUACAGACACAAAUGCCGUCAACAUCCGGAGAUAAUUUUGGGAAUUCCACUUCUAACACUGAAAAAGCCGAUUUCACGAUUCCAAUUUCUGUGAAAGAGAUGCAGCUCCAUUCUCACCCCUCCAUGAGUUCUGCAGAAAAGAAAAUCGAAGACAGAAUGAUACCCCAGGGAUUCACCACACUUAGUGAGAAUGAGCUAAUCAACUUCAUCAAUCCUAGUUGUUUCGACCAAGGUAAUAACUAUACAUAAUUAAGUAGAAUGUUGACUUCGUUAUGAAUGGAACUUGCUUGCUGUAGUUAUAUCUGUUUGCACUAAUAUUAUUAUUUGUUUCUGCAUCUUAGUAACUUACUUGUUGAUGUUUAUUUAAUUUUAACUGGUUCUUUGAGUUUUUUUUAUGAAUUUUGGUUAAUUCUUUUAGAUAUUUUUAUUAUGACUGUAUAUCUUACUCUGAGAAUGAGAGUAGGUCUAUAGGUAGAGCUGUAGAUUCUAACCUUAUUGUAAAUAUCUAUAUAUAUAACCUAUUAUGGUUAGUAACCUAACCUACUAUGCAGUUUCAGAAAGCAAAAUUGAACUGUUUCCUUUCACAAAUAAAAGUCUGAUGUAUUAUCUGAAUGAAGCAAUGCUCAAAAUGGUAACAUAAGUAAUAUUAUCAAACCCAACGGAUUUAAGAAUACCUGUCAUUAGCAAGUUUGAAUUAAUUGUGUUUCUUGUUAAUGAAGAUGUUUUCCGUACAAAACUCUAAUUUGCUUACGCAAUUCAAAAUUCAUGUUUGGUUACAAUACUUCAACAAUAAUUCAUUUAUUGUUCGAGUUAUAUACAGGACGUCCCACCAGGUGUGCCUUUAAAAGUUCAAGGAGAAAUACAUAUUGGAUCUGUACAAUUCUACAAUAAGGCAGAUAUACAGAAAAUAGGUCACAAUUUGCUUUGUUUAAUUUAUUUGUGGACACUCCUGGUGGCGUACCCUGUAUAUUAUCCAAUAACUGUAAGCAAAUAAUCUUUCCAAAGUUUAUGCAGAAUUCUUUUAUUUUAUAUCUCCUGCACUAAUUUCUGUUGAUCUGAAAUAACCUACUCAAACUUUUUUUUUGUUUCAGUUAGUUAAUUUUUCAUAUUUGCUUUCUUCAAUUACUAUUUCUUAUAAAUUGUAGAAUAUUUGCAUAUUCUUAGAAGCUCAAAUUGUGCUUGCUGGACAUACUAAAAACUGAUCACAUGUAUAAAGCAUAUUGAGAUACUCGAUUACUAUAAAUUUAUCUUUUUCAGUUUAAAUUCAUUUGGUGGUGGCACAUCAUUCUCAUACUGUUCGCUGUGAAAAGGUAUACCUAAAGUUAUGAAUAGUAAAUUGAAGGAAAUAUUUACUAAUCCUCCAUCCUGAUAUCAAAAAUUCUUAGGUAAAACCUUAAGUGAUUCAAAGAAUUACUUCCACAUCCAUCACGAUUUGUUUCAAGAAUUUUUUCAACUGAAAAAGUUGACAAUAAAACUCAGACAACUGAAAAGCAUUUCAAUACCCAAUUUGUUUCGUAUUUUGGAAAUAUUUAUCGAAAUGAAAUAUUUUCUUCAGAUAUUAGGUCAGUGAAAAAAUAAACAGAUUUCGAAAUCUUUGAAAUUCCCCUAACAAUUAUGUACGAUUGGAUUUAUUGGGUGGAAUUUUAAAUUUUGAUGAGUCAUAUUGUUGGAUAGAAUUCAUUGUUGCUACUUAAGUUGAACUGUAUAGUAUUUUUCGACUGGAUGUCUAUUUUUAUAUAUACAUUUAGUACUUGUAAGAGAGCAGGAGCACAAUAUGAAUCAAUUGACUGCUAUGAGGACUAAUUUUUGUGCAAUACACUGAGAUGUCUUAACCACAAGGCAUGUGUGAAUAAAUUUGUUUCAGUUAACAAUGAUUGGAACUGGUUUUGAGAGAAUUGAGUUGUUUUCUGUGAAAGCACACGAUCGUUGUGUUUGAUUAUUUUUAAUUUUUGUCAUGCUGUAUUCAGUAUAUUAUUAUUAUUACACUGAAUAUGAAAAUUAAGUUUGAUAAUAUAUAUUUAAUGUAUAUUUUUAUGUAUAGAAACACUGAAUAUUUAAAUGUUAUAUUUGUUGAAAUGUAUACUUAAAAGAAUAUAUGACUUACAAUUA